GUUAAGUAGGGGAUUGUAGCUAUGCUCUCAUCACUCUACACACUUUGCAAAGCGCGAACUAUUUGGGUUUGGCGAGCCCAAAUGGCUGGGUGAAUCCGUGCCAGUCAAUCGGUUUCGCAGCCCGAGCACCCCGCACUCUAUAUGGGACUUUGAGCACACAGCUAUACCCAGAAAUCAAAAAAGAUCUAGGGAAAGAGGUUAUUCUGAAAAGGGACCAGAGUUGGUUAACCCAAAGUUUCAAGCCCGUUCGCUCGCGUUACCUGCCUAUGGUCAUCCACUUGAAUUGACAUGGGCUUAUCCUGCGCCUCGAGGGCACCUGAGGCCAAGACCGGUAGCGAUGGUGCGCGCUCGUGUUGGCGCUUGUUUGUGUUUGUGCUAAUACUGGACGUCAGCCACGCGCUUACGGAGAUGGCGAGGACCCUAGGGUGCGCGGCUGCUCGAACGUACUUGCUGGCACGUUGAACGUGUGGUUGCCUUUCAGGUUGCCCCCUUCAGCUGUCAGGCCGACUAUCCUGAUCGCUCAGGAGGCGAAUGGCCACCAGAGACGCUGCGUUUCAGGAGUCACCCUUUGUCGUGCAGGUGCAUUUUUGUUUCGUGGGCGGACGGGAAGUUUCGUGGACCGGGAAAGCCCGCAUCGUGUAUGUGCCUUGCGCCGUUGAGACAUCAUACGCCCAGUUAUGUGGUCAGUCGUGAGGACAAACUACUCUCCAUCAGACUCUGUUCGAGGUCUGGAGACGGGGCUGGGCCAGAACGUGUAAGUACGCUCACUAGCACUCCGAGCGCAGAUCCCAAGCAGCCUGAUAGCUGCUGCCAUCCAGACAUCCCUCACCCGCCGGUGUGUCGCGCGCCUCACGUACCCCCCGCGCCCCACGCCACCACCCGCUUUUGGCGCGUGCAUGGACUCCGGUGCGUCGUCUAAGCGAAGGCACGGUUCUUGGGACGGCCCAUCAAUAUGUAUGACCGCGUGCGGCCCUGUGAAUUCGUUCUUGCAGCCGUCGGGCCCUCCCGGUAAGUUCUCGCAGCCCCUCAACGGCGCUCUCGCCAAGGUGUGUUCGUCAGGCACCGGUACGGUCUCAUGUCAUCCUGCCGCUUAUGCACGUCUUUGCCACCUGUCCCCCCCCCCUUGGUGGUUUGACCGGUGGCGGCGCCCUGCAAAGCCGGCAGAAUGGCACGGCAGCCUGGCGACGGCGGCGGCGGCGGCGCAGGGCCUGGGCCCGGCAGUGGUGCGUGCAUGUGCGUGGCAGAGGGGGCAGGCAAGGCCACGCGGAGGAGGACAGCGCGGUGCUGCCCGAGAAGCGGCGCCGGCGCGCAGAUUGAGACCUGCCGGUGUCUGGUUUGCGGUCUUUGCUGGCGAGCAUACCAUGGCGCGGUGUGGGGUUGGACUUCCUGCUGUUUGGUUAGUUGCCUGCUGUGCUUAGGCUUGAUAGCGGGACGAGGCUGGACACAUUGCGGGCGGUGCUGUACAAACCGACCCGACUAAAGGAGAAAGGUGACGGGGCAGA